CCCAAGUUAGGGGUGCUCAACCCUCAUUCAACGUCUCCAUUUUCAAUCAGGGACAAAAGAGAGCCGACGGCCACGAGUCUUGAGAGUGCGAUGGAGAUGCAUUACUUGAUCCUUGCGACGUUGCUCUUACAGUAACAGGUUGGCUCAACGAAUGCAUUCAAUAUUUGUCAUCACUAGCCACACGAUUGAAGACUUGGCCUCCAAAGCUAUCUCAUGCUUCCAGUAUCUCGAUCCUCUUUGGCCGUCCAAGUUUGGUACACUGCUCUAGAGAAUUCACAUGGUGUAGAAUCAAUUUAAGUGAAAUUCUUAUCCGGUUGCGCGGGUCUUGCUCUUGUCUAAUUACCUGUCAAAUAUUUUAUCCUAGUCCCACUAAUAACCUUCACUGCUGCAAUUUUACUGGGAUUCUUGGAGCAGAUCAUUUUUAUUGGAAUUCAUUAAUUUUCAAGGAUGGGAAUAAUUGUGGAAAUGAUAAAGAAAUGCAUAUGUUUAAGGCACGGCAGCAAAUUCCAUUCAAUGGCUAUGUUAUCACCGGGUUGCUUUUACGUAUGGUUGAUUCUUGCGUGUUCACCAGUGUCCAUGGAAUGUCCUGUUUAAGUUUGCCAAGUGGGAUUGCAUAUAAAGUUAGUUCACCAGUGGCAAUCUCUGGUUAUGCAAUUUAUACCCUCACCUUCAUGAUAUAUCCCCGAGCCUGUUAUGCAUAUCUCUUGAAUGCUUUCUAUAAGAGGAUAGAGAGUAUUGGUCCUCCUUUUAGAGUUGUUCUUGUUAGGGAUUAUUGGAGUGAAGAACUUUGUGAUUUGACCUCCAUGUUGAAUUUUCACCUUUAUCACGAACAUACUGGUUUUGGAUUUUUCUACUGGAUUUUGAUGAGCAAAAUGAUGUUUGUAUUGCUACUUAAACUCAAGUUCAGAUACAGUGUGGUUUCUGGAAUCACUUUAUGUUGGCUGGAAGUAGGUUCAACGUUAUCUCUAUUUUCUAUAAUAAUUUUCGAUCCUGGAAUUACUGAGGGAGUACAACAUCCGCAUUUAAUAAUCUUAGUUGUUCCAUCAGCCCAUUUUUACAUGUUACUAGUCAUAUGGGCUUUGACUAAGCUUAGCAAUAUGAUACCUUGGAUGUUUCAUGCGCCAUCCAAUUUCUACAUGUUAACGGAGUUAAGAGCUGUAAGCAUUCCUCAUGAUGUAUCAUCAAACAAAAUUUGCCAUCUUCAUACCCCAUACACUUGUGUUGGUCAUUAUGAUUGGAUCAUCGUGAACACAAACUCCCUGGGCACCACUAAAUACUCACAAGUGUUUGAUAUGUGUCUCACAUUCAACCUAGUUGAUUGGAGUUCCAGGCUUAUUUGCCUUCUAGAAGCCCCUUCUACUCUCCCUUAUUUGUGCUUCAGCUUCAAACUAGAGUGGAACACACUUAAAGAUGAAAAUACUAAUUCAAACCUCCUCCUCCAAGUUUUCAAGUUGAUGAUAAUUUUGCUUAUUGGACUUGGCAAGGAUGCAGAGUACAUAUACAUUCAAUUCCAAAACUUUUGGGUUUAUUAUAUUUUAAUUUCUUGGAAUGGUUUGGGUCCUCAUACAAGGUACACCUUGACUGCUUUAAAAGCUUCUUCUCUACCCUUUGACCUUGAGGGCAAGGUCAAUCUCUAUGGGGAGGGUAAUGUCAUGAAUUGGCCAAAUAGCACUUGUGGGGCCCAAGAUGAACACGUGGCUUGGGAGGUGGUGCUUCUGUAUGAUGUUGUUACUAGUAACUAAAUGGGAAAGAUGCUUGAACAACGUGAAGCCAGGAUAUAUAUUAGGCGAGAUUGUUUGUAAGAGUGUGUAGAAUUUGUGUUUGUGCUUCUCCUUUCUGUUGCUUCUUCCUCCCUGAGCCUCCCUUUUCUCUCUAUAUCUUCUCUUCUUUCUGCAUUUCCUUUUCCAAGACUUCAUUGUUUUCCAUUGUACACGACUUGUGAUUGUCAUUUUUGAGUUGAAUAAUACAUUGAGUUUGGCUUUUAUCAUUAUUUUUUUGGUUGCCUUUCCUGAGUAUGUGACACCAUAGUGUUCUCACUUGUGCU